AAGCCGUAAGUCAGCAAAUCGGGGGGUCUUGUUGUUAAGAGAGAGAGCUCAGAUCAGAUGUGGCUUUCUUCUUCUUCUUCUUCCAUAGAGUGACUCUCAACAUCAAAUUCACAACAACAACAACAACAACAAAAAAAAACACCUUUCGUUUUCCUUCUUCGUUCAUGGUUGCUCACCUCUAAGAGACGACAACACCCGCCGGUUUAGAGAGUUCUUCUGCGUUUCACUCGCCAUGGCUCAGAAGCCGGAGGAACAGUUGAAUGAGCUCGGAUCGAGGCUUGACCUAACUCCUAUUUCCAAAGAUUCAUUGCUCAAACUCUUAAAGGAAGCUGCUGUUUGUCUUUCUGAGUUGGAGCAGUCUCCACCAGCUGCAGUGCUCGAGUCCAUUCAACCUUUUCUUGAUGCAGUUAUUAAACCUGAUAUUCUCAACCAUCAAGACAAGGAUGUCAAGCUUCUAGUUGCAAGCUGCAUUUCUGAGAUAACUCGUAUUACAGCACCUGAAGCGCCUUACAGUGAUAAUAUUAUGAAGGAUAUUUUUCAACUGAUUGUGAGUGCUUUUACUGGGUUGAAUGAUGUCAGUGGUCCAUCAUUUGGAAGGAGGGUUGUCAUUUUAGAAACAGUUGCAAAGUACAGGUCAUGUGUAGUGAUGUUGGAUCUUGAAUGUGAUGAUCUGGUGAAAGAAGUGUUUACUACAUUUCUUGAUGUUGCUCGAGAUGACCAUCCAGAGAUUGUUUUCUCAUCAAUGCAAAAUAUAAUGAUUGUUCUUUUAGAAGAAAGUGAAGAUGUGCAGGAGCAUCUUUUACGAAUUUUACUCUCUAAAUUGGGCCGGAAUAGAAGUGACGUUAGAGAUUCUGCAAGAAGACUUGCUAUGAAAGUCAUAGAGCAGUGUGCGCCCAAAGUUGAAUCUGACAUAAAGCAGUUCCUUAUAUCUUCAAUGUCUGGAGAUAGCCGAUGUUCCAGCAGUCAAAUUGACUACCAUGAGGUUAUCUAUGAUUUGUACCGCUGUGCUCCUCAGUCUCUAUCCGGAGUUGCACCAUAUCUCAUUGGAGAGCUUUUGGCUGAUAAACUGGAAACUCGUUUGAAAGUUGUUGGAUUGGUUGGAGAAUUGUUUUCCUUGCCUGGACGUGUCAUCUCUGAAGAGUUUGGUUCAAUUUUUUUGGAGUUUCUGAAAAGGCUGACCGAUAGGGUAGUUGAAGUUAGGAUGGCAAUCCUUGAACAUAUUAGGAACUGUUUGCUCUCGGAUCCUUCGAGAACUGAAGCUUCUCAAAUUAUAUCUGCUCUCUGUGACCGGCUCUUGGAUUAUGAUGAGAAUAUCCGCAAACAAGUUGUUGCUGUUAUUUGUGAUGUGGCUGUGAGUGCAUUGACGUCAAUUCCAGUUGACACUAUGAAGUUAGUUGCUGAACGGCUUCGAGACAAAGCUAUACUCGUAAAAACAUACACUAUGGAAAGGUUGACGGAGUUGUUCCGGGUAUAUUGCUUACGGUAUGCUGAUGGGAAGGUAUGCACUGGGGAUUUUGAUUGGAUUCCUGGAAAAAUCCUGAGAUGUCUUUAUGACAAAGAUUUCAGAUCAGACACAGUUGAAUAUAUCCUAUGCAGUUCACUGUUUCCUAAUGAUUUCUCUGUAAGAGAUAAAGCUAAGCAUUGGAUACAAAUCUUCUCUGGGUUUGACAAAGUGGAGACCAAAGCUUUUGAGAAAAUACUGGAGCAAAGACAAAGGAUACAACAAGAAAUGCAAAGAUAUUUGUCAAUCAAGCAGACACACCAGAGUGCUGAUGCUCCUGAGAUGCAGAAAAAGAUCUCAUUUGGAUUCAGAGUUAUGUCACGUUUAUUUUCCGACCCCCCAAAGACUGAGCAAAACUUUUUAAUUCUUGAUCAACUGAAAGAUGCUAAUAUCUGGAAGAUUUUGACCAAUCUGCUUGAUCCCAACACUAGCAUAAUGCAAGCGUCCAGGAUUCGGGAUGAUAUGCUUAAAAUACUGUCUGAGAAACAUUCGCUCUAUGAAUUUCUCAGCAUUCUCUCCAUAAAGUGUUCUUAUCUGCUAUUCAGCAAAGAAUAUGUGAAAGAGAUAUUAGCCGAAGUAUCUGCUAGAAAGUCUUCUCAAAAUAUAUUGGGGAUCCAACCAUGCAUGGACUUCUUAGGGCUCCUGGCAUGUUUCUGUCCAUCAUUGUUUGAUGGUGCUGAGGAAGAACUGAUUAGUUUCCUUAAAGAUGAUGAUGAAAGGAUAAAGGAGGGUACUCUAAAAAUUCUGGCAAAAGCUGGUGGUACUAUUCGAGAGAAUCUCAUUGUUUUAGCAAGUUCUGUGGAACUUUUACUGGAAAGGAUUUGUGUUGAAGGAAACCGAAAGCAGGCUAAGUAUGCUGUGCACGCACUAGCAUCAAUAACAAAAGAUGAUGGGCUGAAGUCGCUCUCUGUUCUAUACAAGAGACUCGUGGACAUGCUGGAGGACAAGAGACAUCAGCCAGCUGUUCUUCAGUGUCUUGGAUGCAUAUCGCAGAUUGCGAUGCCAGUCUAUGAGACUAGAGAAAGUGAAGUAGUUGAGUUUAUUAGAAGCAAAAUCCUCAAGCUCAAAAGUGAAACUGUAGAUGACAAAAAAUUAUCAUGGGAUGACAAAAGUGAAAUUUGUCAACUGAAGAUAUAUGGGAUAAAGACGUUGGUUAAGAGCUACUUGCCUUUUAAGGAUGCUCAUCUCCGUGUGGGUGUUGAUGAUCUUCUUGGAUUACUUAAAAACAUUCUUUCUUUUGGGGAAGUAUCUGAAGAUCUAGAAUCAAGUUUUGUUGACAAGGCCCAUUUGAGACUUGCUGCUGCAAAGGCAGUCCUCCGCCUUUCCAGACAUUGGGACGAUAGAAUACCUAUUGAGAUCUUCCAUUUAACUUUAAAAACCCCUGAGAUACCAUUUCCUGCUGCUAAGAAAAUAUUCCUCGGGAAAGUUCACCAGUAUGUAAAGGAUCGGGUUUUAGAGACAAAGUAUGCCUGUUCCUUCCUAUUUGAUAUUACUGGAUCAAAUGUUCUCGAAUCAGAGGAGGAGAAACACAACCUAGCUGAUAUCAUACAACAUUCUUAUCAAACAAAACUGCGGAAAAUUUCUGCUCAGGCAGAUGCAAAUUCAGUUACUCUCUACCCUCAUCAUAUCCUUCCUUAUCUGGUUCAUGCACUUGCACAUCAUUCUUGUCCUGACGUUGAGAAAUGCAAAGACGUGAAGGAAUAUGAAAUGAUAUACCGCCAAUUAUACUUGAUCAUUUCUAUGUUGCUCCGUAAAGAGGAAGACGUGAAGGCUGAGGAUAUUGACAAGGAACAAGAGUGUGUUCCAACCAUAAUUCUUAUUUUCCAAAGUUUAAAACAGUCAGAAGAUGUCACAGAUGCAACAAAGUCAAAGAACUCACAUGCGAUCUGUGAGCUUGGGCUGUCAAUAAUCAAUCGCUUAACUCAGAAAGAGCCUGAUGUACAAGGGGAAAUCACACCUGUAUCGCUGCCUGCGACUCUUUACAAACCUUUUGAAAAAGUUGAAAGUGACAAGUCUCAGGUAGGUGAGGAGAAACUGUGGCUAGCUGAUGAGACUGUGGUGGCACACUUCAGGGAUCUGAAGUUGGAGAGUCAUGCUGAUGCUUCUGUAAUACCCCAAACUUCAGAAAAUGAGGUUAUGAUUGAUGGAGAAAGUGAUGGAAAUGAAAUUCCUCUGGGUAAAAUUGUAGAGCGUUUGAGAGCUCAGGGAACAAAGACUAGAAAGGGCAAAAAGAAUAAAUCUGUACCAGCUGAAGAUGAGAAUGGUAAAAAUGAUGUUGAUGUUUUGAAGAUGGUGAGGGAGAUAAACUUUGAUCACUUGCAAAUGCUAGAUAAAUUCGAAUCGAGUAAUGGACACAAACAUCCCACUGGUGAGAGAGUAGACAUAUGUCAAAGAGAUCUCAAUGAUAACAAAAAGAAUGCUGGUGAUGCAACAUCGGUAGUUUCGGUCCCUAAGCGCAGGAGAUCAUCUUCUGGCCAUAGUCCUUACAAAUUUUCAAAUAGUGGUUCUAAAGUUCCAUUAAAAGCUUCUGAAGAAGAGUUUCAUCAAGAGGGAGACAUAGACAAAAAUGCCUCUUUGGACUCGCAGGAUGAAAAUUCAGACCUGGAGAAAAGAUUAGAAACCAUCUCUCCCCGAAAGAGAAAGAAAAGCUUAUCAUCAAAAGUAAAGAUUACAGAUUCUGAUUGGGCUCUCACUGAUCUGGAAAAUCAAAGCGAAGGUGGCAACUACAGUGAGAGGCAGAGUAGGUCAGCUGAAAGUGGUGAUAGCAAAUUAAAGUCUGCUUCUGGAUCAAUGAAGCGAAAAAGAAAAAACAUGUCAGGAUUGGUUAAGUGCUCGACAAACGAAAAUAAAUUGGUAAAUGAUGAACUGAUCGGUUGCAGAAUAGAUGUUUGGUGGCCUAUGGAUAAACGGUUUUAUGAAGGGACAGUGAAAUCUUAUGAUUCCACAAAACAGAGACAUGUGAUACUUUACGAGGAUGGAGAUGUUGAAGUACUUAACCUAGAUAAAGAACGGUGGGAGCUCAUAGACACCGGUAGAAAGCCUGCGAAGAAGUCCAAAACAUCAAAGGGAAGUUCCAAUAAGAAAAGAUCUUCUGAAAGUAAGCUUAAGAGUUCGGAUAGCCUACAAAAGGAUGAAGAGCCAAUUUCUACUACGCCAAAAGGGAAAAGAACUCCAAAGAAAAACCUAAAACAUACACACCCAAAAGGCACACGAAGAAGUCUCUCUUUAGAACAUGAGAAACCAGAAAACAGAAACAGGAAAAAUCGAUCUUCUGCCAUGCCUAUAGGUGAAGUUGCUGGAAAGAAAAAAGGAAAAAGAGUGAAAUCAGGCACAGAAUCAGGGACAGAAUAUAGUGGGGAGGUUGGCGAAGAAAAAUCAGAGUCUGAAGGAAAGUCGUUGAAAGAAGGCGAGGAUGAUGAUGAAGUUUUAAAUAUGGAAGAAGAUUUACAGGAGGCAAAAACAGAGUUGAGUGGGGACGCUGAGGGGAAAGAAGCUGAACAUGAUAACUCAGAUACUGAAGGGAAACAAGAAAACAAAGAAAUGGAGACAGAAUCUGAGCAUGAUGCUGAGGAUGCUGAGACUUCUGACAAUGAGACUCUUGGAGCGUGGAAAAGUAAAGUGGGGAAGUCAAGCUCGAGGAAAGCAACAUAAUGUGAAAGAGCUUGUCACAAAGAAAUUGCGGUGUUUGUCCUGAAGUAUUGGUGGUCUCUGGAUUGAUGUGGUGUAUAUGUGGUAAAAAAUGUGAGAUUUGUAGGGUUAGUGAUACAUACUUGUUCUAACCACCAUGAUGGAAUGAAUAAUAGGCAGAAGAAGCUCCUCCAGAAGCGUAUGUGGUCAUGUAUUGUAGCCUCUGUGUGUUUGUUUAUUUUCUAGGGUUGUUUUUUGUUUUCAGUAAUAUUUACAAGUUACAUUUCUUAACACAACGUACUAUUCUCUUGUGAACUAAAAUACUUUGCCACAAUUUUCUUAUAAAAAACUUCUUUCUUUUAUUAUCA